AUAGCAUAAACCAUAUAUACAAGCUCAAGAAAAAAAUAAUAAAUCGUAAAUUUAUAGUGCAUAAAAUAUAACAAAAGCAUAAUUUUUAAGUUUAUAUCGAGCAAAAUAGUAAAGUGCUAAGUAUAAUGUAUGAUAUAAUAAUGAAAAUUACUUAGAUUGUGAAUGAAAGUGUUUGUAAACGAAAGUGUAAAGUUUCUUAAUAAUAAAUCAGAUCUCAUAAGAAAAUUUUUGUAAGGAACGAAAAUAAUAGAGUUUGGUGAUCAAAAGUGGAGUCGACAAAAAAAAAUACGGAGAUGAAAUCAUGAUUGAUCUGAUUAGAGGUAGUCAAGGAUACAGCAACAAAAAAAUUACUAACAGUUCUUGAAGAAAAUUGUAUUUGACAAGGAGCAACAUUAAGAUAAUUUAUCUAUAAGCUAUACAAAAUUUAUAAGCAUACAAGUACAUCAAAAGUUAAUUGACACUCAUAAAAAAGAUGUAUCCAAAUGCAGGAUCUGUAGCAAGGCAUCAGGGUCCACAAUCGACUCAGCCUUUUAAAUUUACUGUUACAGAGAGUUGCGAGAGAAUUAAAGAGGAAUUUAAUUUUUUACAAGCGCAGUAUCAUAAUUUAAAGAUAGAAUGCGAAAAAUUAGCGCAGGAGAAAACGGAAAUGCAAAGACACUAUGUUAUGUAUUAUGAAAUGUCAUACGGUUUAAAUGUGGAAAUGCAUAAACAGACAGAAAUAUCGAAAAGAUUAAGCGCAUUAAUUAACCAACUUGUGCCAUUUUUAUCACAAGAACAUCGACAGCAAGUUUUGACAGCUGUUGAACGAGCAAAGCAAAUUACAAUGGCAGAAUUAAAUGCUGUGAUAGAGCAACAACGUGAUUUACCACGAUUACUUCAAAUGCACGCUCAACAAAUUCCAACAGGAAGUGCAGCUCUGCCAAUUCCAAUCCAUCCAACAUUACCGAACAACAAUAGUAAUGGCCCAACACCACCGCAACCACAAUUGGGGAUGUUAAGUAAACAGGAAUUGAUGCUACACAAUCGCCCUGAAGACAGUAAAGGUCCAAACGACGAUACACGACAUUUGAACUCAGUAUCACCAGCAGAAAAAUAUAGACCACGAACACCAUUAUCAGCAGACAUAAUUCCUGCUCAGGAAAUAAAGAAAAUCAAAAAGGAGGAAAAAGAAGGAGUAGGUCAUCAAUCGGAUGGCGAAAAGUCUGAUCAAGAUUUGGUUGUAGAUGAUGCAUGUUCAGAGGAUAUAAAUCCAAUGAGUCCAAUGAACGUAUCAAAUCAGCAACAUCAUCAGCAUAAUGGAGCAUCUUCCUCACCUUUGCCUCGUGAAAAUGGCUUGUUGGUCAAGAAAGUCGAUCAUCUUAAUGAAAGAAAUCUUGCAAUGCCUAAUUCCCCAAGAUCAUCUUCAUCAGAUCGUGGCUCGUCAUCAAAUGGAUCUACAACACCCUCAAAUACGAAAAUGAAGCUUGAGGAUAAACCAUCAACACCGGGAAUCAAUGGAAAUGCCUCAAUCGCAAGUGGAAUACCAAAAUCUAUUGUUGCAAAACCACCAACGGGAUAUCCAGCAAGUUAUUUGGGUGGACUUAAUGGAAACAAUCAAAUGCAAGCAGAAAUGCAAGCUGCUUAUGCUGCUGGAGUUCCAGUUUUAGCUCCUGGACAUCCAGGAUAUAGAGGUCUUCCGAUGGGGUUUGAUGCUCAAAUGAGAGCUCCUCCUAUCGGACCUCCAAUCCCCAAUAUCUCAAGUGGAAAACCAGCGUAUUCAUUUCAUGUGGCCUCGGACGGCACAAUUCAACCAGUUCCAUUUCCCCCCGAUGCCCUAAUUGGUCCUGGAAUUCCACGAGGAGCACGUCAGAUCAACACACUUAAUCAUGGAGAAGUUGUGUGCGCAGUGACGAUUUCAAAUCCAACAAAAUAUGUUUAUACAGGUGGAAAGGGAUGUGUUAAAGUUUGGGAUAUUUCCCAGCCAUCAAUUAAGAACCCAGUCAGUCAACUCGAUUGCUUGCAAAGAGAUAAUUAUAUUCGGUCCGUAAAGCUUUUACCAGACGGACGAACAUUGAUUGUUGGAGGUGAAGCAUCAAAUUUAUCGAUUUGGGAUUUGGCAAGUCCAACACCAAGAGUUAAAGCUGAAUUAACGUCCACAGCACCAGCAUGUUAUGCACUAGCAAUAUCGCCUGAUUCAAAGAUCUGUUUCUCAUGUUGUAGUGAUGGAAAUAUCGCAGUAUGGGAUCUCCAAAGCAAUUCAUUAGUUCGACAGUUUCAAGGUCAUACUGAUGGUGCAUCUUGCAUUGAUAUAUCUCCUGAUGGUACAAAAUUGUGGACAGGCGGUUUGGAUAACACUGUUCGAAGUUGGGAUCUCAGAGAAGGAAGACAACUUCAACAGCACGACUUUACUUCACAAAUCUUUUCUUUAGGAUUCUGCCCAACAGGUGACUGGCUGGCUGUUGGAAUGGAGAAUUCGAACGUAGAAGUGUUGCAUGCAACGAAACCUGACAAGUACCAACUUCACUUACACGAGAGUUGCGUACUUAGUCUUAAGUUUGCAGCAUGCGGAAAAUGGUUUGUUUCGACUGGUAAAGAUAAUCUCUUAAACGCUUGGAGAACACCUUAUGGAACGUCAAUCUUUCAGUCAAAGGAGUCUUCAUCAGUAUUGAGUUGUGAUAUUUCAGCUGAUGAUAAGUACAUAAUAACCGGGUCUGGAGACAAGAAAUCGACAGUCUACGAAGUCAUUUAUUAAAUGAUGGACGAGAAUGACAAAAAAGGACGAAAAAAAAGAAGAAGAAAUAUGAAGAGAAUUGAAAGAGAUUAAUUAACUUUUAAUUUAAUAUGUAUAAAAGUUCAUAUAUUGAAAAGUUGGAAUAUAAAUAUGAGAUAGCUUAGCUUUUAAAAGUACACAAAUAAGUAACAAUAGCUAUAACAGCUACCACACAUUUUUAAAGGUACGCUAUUUUCAUUAACACUGACAGGAGAAGAAGAAGAAGAGAUAAAAAUAUGAUGUAAGUAAAUUAGCAAAAGAUAUCAUUUUCAUUUUUUAUUGUGACUUAGUUCAACAUCUCUGGGCUUCAUUCUUAAUUACAUUCUCAAAAAAGAAAGGAAGAAAGAAGAUAAAACACAACAUUGUAUUAAUCAUUAAAAAUCAAUUAUAAAUUUUUAAUCAAUCGCAA